GCUGCCCGGGACUAGUGUUAUCGCUGCAGCUCGCUAGCGUCCCGGAAGCUGCCCCUUCUCAGGGGGUCAUGAUGGGCAGCAAGAUGGCGUCCGCCAGCAGGGUCGUUCAGGUAGUCAAGCCACAUACUCCAUUAAUAAGGUUCCCUGACAGAAGAGACAAUCCUAAACCCAAUGUAUCAGAAGUUUUGAGAUCAGCAGGACUACCAUCUCACCCUUCUUCGAUUUCACAGCAUUCUAAGGGAAGUAAAUCACCAGAUUGGCUGAUGCAUCAAGGUCCACCAGAUACUGCAGAAAUAAUAAAAACAUUACCUCAGAAAUACAGAAGGAAACCUAUGUCUCAAGAAGAAAUGGAAUUUAUCCAACGUGGAGGUCCAGAAUAAUCAAUCACUGACAAUGUGGCUGCUGUUUGUCAUCAGACAAAAGAAUAGUCUUUACAAUAAAGGACUUCCAAAAUGACAAAUAAGAAAUUGUACAUUAAACAACUCUAAUAAAUAUUCUGUAAAAAAAAAAAAAGAAAUAGAAAAUUUAGAUGGACACCUGUAUCUCCUAAUUUAUGUAUCUUGGUCAGCUUCUCCACAAGCUUACCUAAUGGUUUAUAUACUUUAUACUUAUUAAAGUAUACAUUUUUAAAUGUUAGCCUAUUAAUUUACUCUUGAUUAUCAAGUAUUACCAGUGUUGAACUAUUAAAAGCACACAAUCUCUCGUAAACUAUCACAGGUUUCCCAUAAUUUCACUUUUCUUUCAGUUUCUGUUUAGAUAUGGAAAGAAUUUAUCAGGCAAAAUUGCUGCUUUCGGGAAGGGCUUUUCCCGAAAUUGGAUGAGGAUCAGUGAAAUAAUGACUCCAUUAUUUGCUCUUAAUUCUCUUAACGUUUUUCAUUCACAAAUUUACUGGAGUAUAAUUGGCUUAAUAAGCGUAUCCUACUGUAAAUGAUA